AUGGUUUUUGUCGGGAGUCCCGUGAGAAUGGAGUUGUUGAAGUCAAGUCGCGAGAGUGGCUUUUAUGUACCCGUGGCGUCAGUGCCAUCAUAUAUUAGUCCAAGGGGCCUCACUGUGGUAUCUAAUGCUACAAGAGGACAUGGAGCAGCAGCAAGUUCACUAUCUGAGAGCGGUUUUUAUGUACCCGCGGCAUCCGUACCAUCAGGUGCUAGUUUAAGGUGCCACACUGUGGUGUCCAAUGCUCCAAGAGGCUAUGGAGCUGCAGCAAGCUCCCCCAGGAGCUACCCAGAUGCGGCCAAUGCCGAUACAUCGGGGGAGAAUCCAACCAUCGGACCGCCACCGUCAUAUGAGGAUGCGAUGCGGAAUGAUAACCAGAACCACGCGAAAGAUCCAAUGCUUCCUACUUACGAAGAAGUCACAGACGGAACGCCAGCUGAUAAACAAACAUUUCUGUGACAAUGUGUGAUGAAAAUAAGGACCACCGGAGACUCCAUGUUAGUGCAUGUUCAGGUAGUUGGCUGUGGUUGGCAGGUAUUGCUAUAUUUGCUGUUGGACAUGUUGGAUGGAGAAGUUUGGAAAAACAUUGGAUUAGAUCUGUUAUCAUUUAAACGGGGACUGUAGGCAGGCACAGAGGGUCCUGUUGGUCAUCUUCAGCUGCCAAAUAUGCACAGGUACAAGACUGGGUCAUGUUUGAUUCAGUAUCAGAUAUCCUCAUACAAACGUGAAUUGUACUGUUAAUAGGGGAGACUGUAUUAGUGAAUUUGUGUAACU